AUGCCAUCCCGCACAGCCCUGGUCUUGCUGCUCCUGGCUGCCGGCACCCUGCCUGCCAGGGGCUCGCCCACCCAGCCCAGCUGCCUCCACUUCCCGCGGCUCCUGCCUGCGCAGCUCAGGGAGCUGAGGAUCAAGUUUGAGGAAAUUAAGGACUAUUUUCAAUCAAAAGAUGAUGAACUCAGCAUCCAGCUGCUCAGCUCCGAACUGCUGGAUGAAUUUAAGGGGAGCUUCGGCUGCCAGUCGGUGUCGGAGAUGAUGCGGUUCUACACGGAGGAGGUCCUGCCCAGCGCCAUGAGGACCAGCACGCACCACCGGCAGAGCAUGGGUGACCUGAGCAACAUGCUGCUGAGCCUGAGGGCAACGAUGAGACGCUGUCACAGAUUCUUCACGUGCGAAAAGAGGAGCAAAACCAUAAAGCACAUUAAGGAGACGUUCGAUAAGAUGAACGAGAAUGGAAUCUACAAGGCCAUGGGAGAGUUUGACAUUUUCAUCAACUACAUCGAAGAGUACUUGCUGAUGACGAGAAGGAAGUGA